AUGCCUAUUUCAAAUGGCGAUGCAGCCACCAAUGGCAUACCCCUCCGACGAAAUGUCGAGAAGUUGGACUAUCGAGACGCGCUGAAAGUCCUCGAGGCCGAGUACUCGACCAAGGAUGGACUGGACAUCCAUACUCUGCUUGACUCGAAAGAGAACGGUGCCUUGACAUACAAUGACUUCCUCGUGCUUCCUGGAUACAUUGGUUUCGCUGCUGCUGAAGCAAGCCUUGACUCUCCCGUCACCAAACGCAUUUCUCUGAAGACUCCUCUCCUCUCCUCGCCUAUGGAUACCGUCACCGAAGAAAAUAUGGCCAUUCAUUUGGCUCUUCUUGGCGGUUUGGGUGUCAUCCAUCAUAACUGCUCGGCCGAUGACCAAGCAGAUAUGGUUCGAAAGGUGAAAAGAUAUGAGAACGGCUUUAUCUCAGAGCCAUUGGUUCUCUCGCCUAAGACUACCGUUGGAGAGGCUAAAGAGUUGAAAGAGAAAUGGGGAUUUGGUGGCUUCCCUGUCACAGAAACCGGCAAACUCAAGUCGAAAUUGAUCGGCAUUAUUACUACUCGUGACAUUCAGUUUCAUCCACGCCCUGAUGACCUCGUUACAGAGGUUAUGUCCAAAGACUUAAUCACGGCGCCAGCUGGUACCACUUUGGCUGAAGCUAAUACUGUUCUCCGUGAGUCACGGAAGGGCAAACUCCCUAUUGUUGACAAGGAUGGCAACUUGAUUUCGCUUUUGUCUCGCUCCGAUCUCCUGAAGAAUCUCAACUACCCACUGGCUUCGAAGCUUCCUCACUCCAAGCAAUUGAUUGCCGCCGCCGCGAUCGGUACGAGACCUGAUGACAAGCACAGACUACAGAAGCUCGUAGAUGCUGGUCUUGAUAUUGUCGUCCUUGACAGCAGCCAAGGUAACAGCAUGUAUCAGAUUGACAUGGUCAAGUUCAUCAAGGAGAAAUAUCCCGGACUCGAUGUGAUCGCUGGAAAUGUGGUCACUCGAGACCAAGCGGCCAACUUGAUCGCUGCUGGUGCCGAUGGCCUGAGAAUUGGCAUGGGCAGCGGUAGUGCUUGCAUCACGCAAGAGGUUAUGGCUGUUGGUCGACCCCAAGCUGCCGCAGUUUUUGCAGUUUCGUCUUUCGCAGCUCGCUUCGGAGUACCUUGCAUUGCCGAUGGUGGUAUUCAAAAUGUUGGGCACAUUGUCAAGGGACUUGCUAUGGGUGCUUCCACUGUCAUGAUGGGUGGUCUCCUUGCUGGUACUACCGAAUCACCAGGAAAUUACUUUGUCAGUCGUGAGGGCAAACUCGUCAAGGCAUACCGUGGUAUGGGCAGUAUUGACGCUAUGGAGGACAAGAAAGCUGGCGGUGGAGCGAAGAACUCCAAGGCCAGCAACGCCGGCACAGCAAGAUACUUUUCCGAGGGUGAUCGAUUGCUGGUGGCCCAAGGUGUUUCUGGCUCCGUACUUGACCGCGGCUCUGUCACAAAAUUCGUGCCUUACCUGCUGGCCGGCCUUCAACACUCACUGCAGGAUAUUGGAUCGAAGAGCUUGGUUGAGCUUCGUGAAGAUGUCAUGAGCGGCAAAGUUCGAUUCGAACUUCGCACUGUUAGUGCUCAGGCCGAAGGUAAUGUGCAUGGUCUGGAUAGCUUCGACAAGAAGCUCUACUCUUGA